AUGGCGAUACAAGCACUGUGCGAUCAUAUCGAAGCAGCCGAUGAACAUGCACAUCUCUCGAAUCCCAUGCUACUUCAAGAAUUAAUCGGCAAACUCCCGGCAGAUCAGAAAUUAAUGUGGGCUGGGUACAAACGAGGGAUGUCUAACGUUAAUCUAAAAACAUUUUGUGACUACAUGAACGGCGUCGUUCAAGACGCAUCGAGCGUUGUGCUUUUUGAACCGGACAAAAGGGCAAUUGUCAAGGAACGAUUGAAUCCCAGAGGGUGGUCUAAUGCCCACUUGCCUAGUACCAAUGAAAGAUUGUUCAUUCCGGAAAACAUUAAACAACAUGAUUGCCUCAUGUGCAGCAAACCUGGUCAUCGUCUACGCGACUGCAACGACUUCAAGGAUCUCGACAUGAACGAAAGAUGGUAUAAAGUUCGGGAACUAGGCCUUUGUCAAAAUUGCCUGUUCGGACAUGGACGACGAUCUUGUCGUAGCAGUAGUUGGUGUAACAUUGACGGAUGCCAAUACCGUCACCAUCCUCUUCUACACUCUAUUAGGAAAGUCGAAACCAUAUCAACAACGGGGAUAGCAGAGAACCACACCCAUCGAUAUCUCGAAUCCAGCCUCCUGUUUAGAAUUAUACCAGUGACCAUCUACGGGAAAUCGGGUACGCUCGAUAUAUUUGCCUUUUUGGAUGAGGGGUCAUCGCUUACACUUUUAGAUGAAGAUGUGGCCGCCAAGCUUGGUAUCCACGGCAGCGUUCAACCUCUCUGCCUACAUUGGACAGGAAAUACAUCAAGACAGGAAAAAAAUUCGCAAAGUGUAUCUUUCGAAAUUUCAGGCGUAGCACAAGGUAGACGUUAUAAAAUAGAGGAUGCUCGGACCGUAAACAAUCUUAACCUACCAAAUCAGAAUUUUCACAAGGAGGAAGCCGCGAAGCGGUUUGAACAUCUGAAGCAGAUUCCGCUCCAGAGUUAUGAGAACGUUUCACCCAAGCUGCUGAUCGGGAUCGACAAUUUACGACUAGCCUUGCCGUUGAAGGUGAGAGAAGGCGACGGAUCGGGCCCAACCGCAGUUAAGACUAGACUUGGUUGGUGUGUGUACGGUCGACAGCGUGACGUGUUUUCAAAAGCGUAUAAUCUACACGCCUGUAACUGUACGACUAACAGCGAACUACACGAUGUAAUGAAGCAAUUCUUCGCGGCAGAGCAAGAGACCGUAACUCCGUCUAUCACUGUAAUGUCGGUGGAAGAUCAACGAGCCCAACAUCUUUUAGAAUCUACCACCCAACGUGUGGGAAACCGGUUCGAAACCGGUAUGUUGUGGAAACAAGACAACAUUACGCUUCCAGAUAGCUAUCCUAUGGCCUUUUCUCGUUUGAAAUGCCUCGAACGUCGAAUGCAUCGAAACCCGGAUCUGAAAGAAAAUCUGCACCGUCAAAUUCGAGACUACAAGGAUAAGGGAUAUGCGCAUCUCGUAACAACGGAAGAGUUGGCGCAGGCUGAUCCGGAAAGAAUCUGGUAUUUACCUUUGGGGGUGGUUUUCAACGCCAAAAAACCAGGAAAAUUACGAGUUAUUUGGGACGCUGCCGCCAAAGCCGAUGGUGUGUCAUUGAAUAGCGUUUUGCUGAAGGGCCCGGAUCAACUGGCAUCUCUCCCAGGUAUACUUCUUCGUUUUCGGCAGUAUAAAGUAGCUGUGAGCGCGGACAUUCAAGAGAUGUUCCAUCAGGUACGCAUUCGGCAGGCCGACAAACACUCGCAGCGAUUCCUCUGGCGUGAUGAUCCCUCUCUGAAGCCUGAUGUUUAUAUGAUGGACGUAGCAACAUUCGGUACCACCUGUUCUCCGGCAUCUGCUCAUUUCAUUAAAAACUUGAACGCGGAAGAACACUCUAAACUGUACCCAAGAGCAGCGCGAGGAAUCAUCGAUAGCCACUACGUCGAUGAUUACCUGGAUAGCUUUGGGAGUGAUGAAGAAGCUAAACAGGUAGCUGAGGAGAUUCGGCUUGUCCACCGCAAUGGCGGAUUCACACUUCGUGGGUGGCGUUCAAACAGCGAUCAAGUACUCGAAUAUCUAGGAGAGGAAAAUUCGGGGAGUUACAAAAACCUUAAUAUACGAGACAACGAACGAACCGAAAGAGUCCUUGGGAUGUUGUGGACUCCACUGCAGGACGAGCUCCAUUUUUCUACACAAAUGACUGAAGAAGUACAGAUGUUAAUACACAGCAAUAAUCGACCGACGAAGCGGCAGAUAUUGCGUUGCGUUAUGACGAUGUUCGAUCCGCUGGGACUGUUGGCACCAUUCUUGAUCCACGGCAAGGUGCUUAUGCAAAGUCUGUGGCGUGCUGGAGCAGAUUGGGAUGACAAAGUGGAUGAUAAUGCGUUUGAAUUCUGGAGCAGAUGGGUUAAAAUGAUCGAAUUUAUUUCUACCGUGCGAAUCCCAAGAUGUUAUUUUCACGAAGCAUCUGUGGAAACAUAUACCAAUGCACAACUACAUAUGUUCGCUGAUGCUAGUGAAACCGCAUACGCUUGUGCUGUAUACCUGUGGACGAUGGACAACAACGGAAAUCCGCAAUUCGCACUAGUAGCAGGCAAGGCGAAGGUUGCCCCCGUUAAACCCAUGUCGGUCCCGCGACUAGAAUUGCAAGGCUGUGUGCUAGGAGUGCGGUUGAUGAAGUUUGUGCAAGAUUCUCUCAGUGUUCCUAUAGUAAAACGAACGUUGUGGACGGAUUCAACCACCGCACUAUCGUGGAUACAAGCGGAUCCACGUAACUAUCGACCGUUUGUGGCACACCGGGUAGGAGAGAUCCUUGAAUCGACGAGCGUUGAUGAGUGGAGGUGGGUCCCUUCUAAGUCAAACCCGGCCGAUGAAGCAACCAAGUGGGGAAGUGGCCCGUACUUUAACGAAGAAAGCAAGUGGCUUGGAAGAUCGAACUUGUUACAUCUCCAGGAGGACGAGUGGCCUUGUACAAUAAAACUUACGGUCGCCACAAGUGAAGAGAUGCGCCCGUCGGUGUUCCAUCACGUAGUAACUGAACCUCUCAUGUCCUACCAACGUUUCUCCCGAUGGGUAAGGAUGCAUCGCACGAUGGCCUACGUGCUUCGAUUUCUAAAUAAUAUUCGGCAGAAUCACCGAAAACUGUCCGGACCUUUAGCGCAGCAGGAACUUCAAGCCGCGCGAGAAGCCAUCCUGAAACAAGUACAGUUCGAAACGUAUAAAGAUGAGGUAAUAACGUUGCGGAAUAACAGAAGUCUACCUAUAGAUCAAAGAAAGUCGCUAGAGAAGGAGAGCGUACUGUACCAAUUCAUGCCGAUGCUGGACGACAAGGGCUUGUUGAGACAGAGUAGCCGGGCACGAAAGGCGACAUAUUUACCGUUCGAUACACGUUUUCCUAUUUUACUGCCGAGGGAACAUAAGGUGACGACACUCUUAACUGAUUGGUAUCACUGUCAUUAUCGCCACGCAAACAUGGAAACGGUUUUCAACGAAAUGCGACAGUGUUAUAUGAUCCCAAGACUUCGAACUUUAGUACGGAAGGUGUCACAGGCGUGCCAAUAUUGUAAAAUUCUCAAAGCACAACCGAGAAUCCCCCCGAUGGCUCCGUUACCCUCGGCGCGUUUAGCUAAUCACGUUCGCCCGUUCACCUAUGUAGGAAUAGACUAUUUUGGUCCACUUCUGGUGAAGAUUGGAAGGUCAAGUGUCAAACGAUGGAUUGCUUUAUUCACUUGCCUAACUGUCCGCGCUGUCCACUUGGAGGUCGCUUACAGCAUGUCUACCGCAUCAUGUAUAUCGUGCAUCAGAAGAUUCGUUUCUCGUCGUGGAUCACCGAUUGAGUUUUUCACAGACAAUGGGACCAAUUUUCAAGGAGCCGAUAGAAUUCUUCGAGAGCAGAUUAACCAAGGACUGUCGGCCACAUUUACAAACACAUCGACCAAAUGGACCUUUAUUCCACCUGGAGCCCCGCACAUGGGUGGGGCGUGGGAGCGUUUAGUACGCUCUGUUAAAGCUGCUAUGGGAGAUGCGUAUGCGGACGGCAAGCUUGACGACGAAGGACUGCUUACUUUGGUAACGGAGGUAGAGUGUUUGGUGAAUACGAGACCCCUGACAUACUUGCCGCUUGACUCAGAGGAAUCGGAAGCGCUUACACCAAAUCAUUUCCUGAUAGGCAGUUCCAGUGGAGUUAAGCAGCCGCUAGUUGCUACAAACUGCCAGCCAAAAUUCCUACGCGCGUCCUGGGAGCGAAUUCAAGAGCAGCUGAAUGUGUUUUGGAAACGCUGGAUUAAAGAAUACUUGCCAGUUAUUCGGAGGCAACCUAAGUGGUUUAGCGAAACGCGAGCUGUUAAAAUUGGUGACCUGGUCUUGAUUGUCGACGAGGGAAAACGCAACGGGUGGCUGCGCGGACGCGUGAUUGAGGUAAUGGGCGACAAUGAAGGGAAGGUUCGCCAGGCUGUCCUUCGAACUCCGAGAGGUAUUCUACGACGACCAGCAUCAAAGUUGGCGGUGUUGGACGUGGGCAUGGAGAGUGCAGUCUCGGCAAAUAGCAAGAUGCACCCGGGGGAGGAUGUAAACGCAUCUGAGGAUCCGGCAACCCUGAUCACCGAUAACAAUCAGCUCGCCAAUCUAUAG